UUCUUGAAACCUUCUAUAAUAUGGAAAAAAUAUUCAUUUGAAGAUUAACUUCACUCCCAUGGCAAACGCUAAUGCUUUCUUUAUUUUAGUGUGCAUAUUUUCUCUCCUAAUUCUUGUGUCUGCUGCAUAUACAGAAAGAAACAAAUCUACAGGGACUUGGAUUAACCAUGGAGGAGACAUAUACAACAGAAGAUUCGCCGUAAAUGAGACCAAGAUCAGUCCCAAAACUGUUUCCAAUCUAAAGCUGAAAUGGAAAUUCUUUGCCGGAAAAGAUAUAACAGCAACGCCUGCAAUUUUCGACGGUACGGUUUAUUUUCCGAGCUGGAACGGAUACAUAUAUGCAGUCAAAGUGUCUGAUGGAACUCUUGUUUGGAAAAAGAAUUUGCAAAAACUGACUGGACUUAAACCAACUGGGUUUGUUGCGGUGGUAAAUUGGACUGUGUCGAGAUCGACUCCGACGAUCGGAGAAGAUGAUGAUUUGGUUAUAAUCGGAAUAUAUGGUCCUGCUGUUGUUGUUGGUGUUGAACGUUUGACAGGGAAGCUUGUUUGGUCAACUUUGCUUGAUAGUCAUCCUGCUGCUGUUAUUACUAUGUCUGGUUCUUACUACAAAGGCAGGGGUUUCUACGUUGGUACAUCUUCACUAGAAGAAGGCGACGCCAUUGAAGAAUGUUGCACCUUCCGUGGCAGCUUCUCCAAAUUAGACAUAAAAUCAGGGACCAUUCUAUGGCAAACUUUCAUGUUACCAAACAACCACAACAAUCUCAAACAGUACGCCGGAGCAGCCAUAUGGGGAAGCAGUCCGGCCAUCGACAUAGCCAGAAACUUGGUGUACAUUGCCACCGGUAAUCUAUACUCCGCACCGUUUCACGUUCAACAAUGCCAAGCAAAAAAGAAUAACCAGACCAUACCAACUCAUACAGACGAGUGCAUAGAGCCUGAAAACCAUUCAAAUUCCUUUCUAGCGCUUAAUUUAGAUUCUGGGAAGAUCGUGUGGUAUCAUCAACUUGGUGGCUAUGAUGUUUGGUUUUUUGCUUGUAAUAAUAUGUCGACGGCUAAUUGCCCGGUCGGACCGAGUCCUGACGCUGAUUUCGGAGAGGCGCCGAUGAUGCUUAGUAUAUAUGUUAAUGGUAGCAAGCUAGAUGUGGUUGCUGCUGCUCAGAAAAGUGGAUUUGUUUGGACUUUGAGCCGUGACGAUGGUACCCUCAUCUGGUCUACGGAAGCUGGACCGGGUGGGUUGGUUGGAGGAGGCAUUUGGGGAGCAGCAACAGAUGAGAAACGAAUCUACACAAACAUUGCCAACUCCGACGCCAAGAAUUUCACUCUGAAGCCAUCUCUCAAAAACACAACCGCCGGUGGCUGGGUGGCAAUGGAUGCUAAUAACGGAAAAAUACUAUGGUCCACUCCCAAUCCAAGCAAUGCUACCGCCUCCGGCCCCGUCACUGUAGCCAACGACGUCGUUUUCGCAGGAUCGACACACGGAACAGGACCCAUAUAUGCUAUGAAUGCAAGAGAUGGAGAAAUAUUAUGGUCAUAUAAAACUGGAGCUACUGUGUAUGGGGGGUUGUCUGUGAGCAAUGGAUGCAUUUACGUAGGGCAUGGAUAUUCCUUAGGUCUUGGAAGUUUUGCAAAUUAUACCUCUGGAUCCUCCCUCUUUGCCUUCUGUGUUUGAUGCCCCUUCACUUCAUUAGUAAAUAUUUGCAUUGUCAAUAAAUAAAUUGUUGGUUGGGAUAGUAAGGAAUUUGGUACCACUAAAUAAAUUAAUAAAUUUGAAUUUUGGUAAUAGAAUUGAAAAUAUAUAUGUUGAAAACUUAUUCAUUGUCA